AACGAAAGAAAAACAUCAUCAGAAACUGAUAACAGAGCUGACAGAAAACAAGCGCUGGGCGAAAAGAGUUUUGAAUACUUAUGAAUUCUCUUCUUAGAGAACAAGACUGCAAACGAAGAAUCUUCCAGAAAUUACAAUCUUUUGAAGGCCACGGAUGUUAAACAUGAAGUUUAUUGAGAAAUGUUAUUGAAAACGAGUUGAGUGAUUGAUUGUGCUGAUCUGUGUUCAGUGUCAGUUUAUCUGAGUGAGGAAAGGACUCUCUCUCUAAGAUGAGUCUCUCAGAGAAACACCGUGUAAAAUCAGACUCACCUGAGUCCAGCUCUGUGUCUCUGAAGAGUGACUUGUCAAAAGAGAGAGGACCAGACUUUAGUGGGGAAAAACCAUCAUCAAAUAAAAGUGUCAGAUCAGGCACACAUGUGUCCAGCUCUGUGUCUCUGAAGAGCGACUGCUCAAAAGAGAGAGGACCAGACUUCAGUGAUAGAAAACCAUCGUCCAAUAAAAGGCUUCAGUAUGAGACAUUAGAUUCAGACGUUCAGACUCAAAGGAGCCACAGGAGUUUCAAAGACAAUCUCCUGUGGAUCUUCCAGGAUCUUGAGAGCAAAAUAAUAUUUUUUCUGAAGAAAGAGCUGAAAAAGUUUAAGAAAAUAUUGCAAAAUGAGAACACACAAAACUUUGUGAAGGACUUUAAUGAGAAUAGAUGCAGUAUCAAAGCAGCAGCUCUUGAUCUCACAACACAUUACCUGAGAGAGAUGAAGCAAGAUGAAGCUGCUGAUGCUCUAGAAAAUGAGCUGCUCUUCAUUCAUCAACUAAAAUGUGGCCUAAAGAAGAAGUAUCAAUGUGUGUUUGAAGGAAUUGCAAAGCAAGGUGACUCCAUACUUCUGAAUAACAUCUACACAGAUCUUUAUAUCACUCAGGGUGGCAGUGAACAGGUCAAUACUGAACAUGAGGUAAGACAGAUUGAAGUUGCUUCAAGGCAUCAUGAAUCUCAAGAGAUACAGGUUAAAUGCACAAAUUUGUUUGAAGCACCUGAACAACACAAGGAGAUCCGAACUGUACUGACAAAAGGAGUCGCUGGCAUCGGAAAAUCAGUCUCUGUGCAAAAGUUUGUUCUGGACUGGGCUGAAGGAAAAGAAAAUCAAGAUAUCAGCUUCAUAUUUCCUCUUCCAUUCAGAGAGAUGAACUUAAAGGAGAAAGAAACACUAAGUUUGAUGGACCUUAUAACUCAAUUUUUCCCAGAGACAAAAGGACUGAACCUUACAAAAAGGAAUCAAUUCAAAGUCCUGAUCAUCCUUGAUGGAUUGGACGAAUGUCGCCUUCCUCUGAAGUUUGAUUGUAAUGAGACGUGGUGUGAUGUAUUGUCACCAGCCUCUCUGGAUAUUCUCCUAACGAACCUCAUGAAGGGAAAUCUGUUUCCUUCUGCUCUCAUCUGGAUCACCACCAGACCAGCAGUUGCCAGUAAGAUUCCGCCUGACUGUAUUGACCGACUGACAGAGAUACGAGGAUUCAAUGAUGCACAAAAGGAAGAGUACUUCAAAAAAAGAUUCACGGAUCAGAAUCAGGCCAGCACAAUCAUUGAUCAUGUUAAAAAAUCAAAGAGUCUCUUUAUCAUGUGCCACAUCCCAGUCUUCUGCUGGAUUUCAGCCACUGUUCUCCAGAACAUUCUGGAGGAGAACAGAAAUAAUGAUGUGAAAAUCAAUCAGGCUGAUGAGAUCUCUAAAACACUACAGGAUUCAAAUACUGAAGACAAUCCCAAGACUCUGACACAAAUGUACACACACUUUCUCCGCUUUCAGAUCCAGCAGAGCCGCCGAAAGUAUGAUGGAGAAUAUGCAGCAGAUGUUUCCUGGGAUAAAGAUGUCAUCCUUUCACUGGGAAAACUGGCAUUUCAUCAGCUGGAAAGAAAAAAUUUGAUCUUCUAUGACACAGACCUGGAAGCCUGUAGUAUUGACGUCUAUAAGGCAUCAGUGUACUCUGGCAUGUGUACCCAGAUCUUUAAGGAGGAAAUGGGGAUCGUUCUUGGUACCAUGUACUGCUUUGUUCACUUGAGCAUUCAAGAGUUUAUUGCAGCCCUUUAUGCACAUCUGUUUCUAGACAUCAACAAGACAAUUGUGUUCGUUCAUGAGUCUACAGGACAGCAAAACAAAAAUGAAACUCUGAUUGAUUUACUCAAGACUGCAGUGGACAAGGCGCUCAAGAGUGACAGUGGACACCUGGACCUUUUCCUUCGCUUCCUUCUCGGUCUGUCACUCCAGUCCAAUCGACGACUCUUACGAGGUCUGUUAACACAGCAAAAUGACAAUGACCAGAGCAACAAGGAAAUAGUUCAGUACAUCAAGCAGAAACUAGAAGGUAAUCUGCCUGCAGAGAGAUCCAUCAAUCUGUUCUACUGUCUGAAUGAACUGAACGACCAAACUCUGGUGAAAGAGAUUCAGACCCACCUUAGCAAAGGAAGUCUCUCAUCUGAUGACCUUUCACCUGCCCAGUGGUCUGCUUUGGUCUUUGUGUUGUUGACAUCAGAGAAAGAGCUGGAGGAGUUUGAGCUUCAUAAAUUCAAGAAAUCAGAUGAGUGUCUCAUUAGAUUAUCAGCAGUCAUCAAAACCUCUAGAAGAGCUCUGUUAAAUGAUUGUAACUUAACAGACAGAAGCUGUUCAGCUCUGGCUGAAGUUCUUGAAUCAGAAACCAAUCUGAAAGAGCUGAUCAUGAACAAUAAUAAUCUGCAGGAUUCAGGAGUGAAGCUGCUCUGCACUGGACUGAAGAAUAUAAAGUGUAAACUGGAGAUACUGAGACUCUCUAACUGCAGUGUAACAGAAGAAGGUUAUAAAGCUCUGGCUUCAGCUCUGAGAUCAAACCCUUCACACCUGAUAGAGCUGGAUCUCACAGAAAAUGAUCCUGGACAAUCAGGAAUGAAGGAGCUCAAUGAUUUACUACAGGAUCCAAACUGUCAACUGAAGACACUGAGGUUUUUGAGUCCUGCUGCAGAUGAAGCCUGUCAGUAUAUGAAUAGAGUUGUGGGUAAAAACCCGUUACUCCUGAGAGAGCUGAAUCUGAGAGAACAUGAACUAGAAGACACACGAGUGAAUCAGAUUGCUGCUCUACUGCAGGAUAAACACUGUCGAUUCAACACACUGACUCUGAAUAGAUGCAGUAUUAUAGAGAAACAGUGUGUCAUCCUGACUUCAGCUCUGAAAUCAAACCCGUCACACCUGAGAGAGCUGAACCUCAGUGAGAAUAAACUAGGAGACUCUGGAGUGAAGCACUUAUGUGACGUACUGAUGGAUUCACACUGUAAACUGGAGAGAUUGAGUCAGCCUCAGAUGCUCAGAUAUGGGGGUUGGGAGAGUUCAGUAGCUUCACGGUGGGGGUGCAGGACAAAAGGUAUAAAUCGCUCGUCAGCGAGGGAGACAAAGAAACCUACUGAUCCAGCACGUCGGUUAAGUGACUGUGAUAUGACAAAAGAAGGUUGUUCUGAUGUGACUUCAGCUCUGAAAUCAAACCCGUCACACCUGAGAGAGCUGGACCUGAGCUGGAAUGAACUAGGAGAUUCUGGAGUGAAAAACCUCAGUGAUCUACUGAUGAACCCACAAUUCAAGCUGGAGAAACUAGAUCUGAGUGUUUGCAGUAUUACAGAGAAACAGUGUGUCAUCCUGACUUCAGCUCUGAAAUCAAACCCGUCACACCUGAGAGAGCUGGACUUGAAUGGGAAUAAACUAGAAAACACAGGAAUUGAGCACUUAUGUGAUGUACUGAAGGAUUCACACUGUAAACUGGAGAGAUUGAGGUUAAGUGACUGUUGUAUGACAGAUGAAGGUUGUUCAGAUGUGACUUCAGCUCUGAAAUCAAACCCGUCACACCUGAGAAAACUGAGCCUGAGCGUGAAUAAACUAGGAGUCUCUGGAGUGAAAAACCUCAGUGAUCUACUGAUGAACCCACAAUUCAAGCUGGAGAAACUAGAUCUGAGUUACUGCAGUAUUGCAGAGAAACAGUGUGUCAUCCUGACUUCAGCUCUGAAAUCAAACCGGUCACACCUGAGAGAGCUGAACCUGAGUGGGAAUAAACUAGGAAACACAGGAGUGAAGCACUUAUGUGACGUACUGAAGGAUUCAUACUGUAAACUGGAGAGAUUGAGUCUACAGAACUGUGGCAUUACAGAUGUUUCUUCUUUAACUCAGUGUUUGACUAACUUAAAAGCACUGCAGUUUUUAAAAGAGCUUAAUCUGAAACAGAAUAUGAUAGGAGACUCAAAGCAGCGGCUCAGUGACAUGCUACGAAACUCAAACUGUGUCCUGAGAAACUGUUCAGCCUUUUAUGUUCAAACCGGAGUCAGAUACAAUGAUGGAGAGACUCAAGAAGAAGUGACAACAUGUAGAAUGAAACUGGACGUUUCUGAAUGCACAGAUAGAGAUCAAUCUCCAAAUGUCAUUGUUUGAAAUCAUCAUGAGAGGAUCAGUAAUCAUCAGGUGAAACAGGAGGAAGAAGCUCAGAUGAGUCUGUCAGCAGAAAUCUUCAGGCUCUUCAGUAUCAGGCCUACAUAUAUAAUAAUGUUUGGAUUGAACUCAUCCAUAAUGAUUAAAAUAUUUUUAAUCUUAAGUAUAUAGUAUCAAGUAUAGCACAUAAAUGAAUCAAUAGAUAUAAAGUCCACAUGUUAGUUCAAACAUUUGCAUUAUCUCUUACAUUUUAUGCACAGAAUAUAUUUGUUUAUUGUUAUUCUGCUUUAUUUUAUGUAAAGUUAGUUAUGUUGUAGUGUUGCCACAUAAGGGGAAGCUUAUUUAUAGUAUCAAUGGUCAGUAAGAAUUCAUACAUAAAUUCAUCAUGUCACUCCCGGGUAACUAAAAAUGGGCAAAGAGACGGGACGUGGUUGGAGCUGAGGUGCCUGGUUGCUGAACCCACGCCCAUCUAGCUCGACGUGAUCAUGUUAGCAGGCUAAGGAGCUAUAUAUCUAUAAAUACUACCUAAAAUGUUAAUAUAUAAGCUUUAUCAUUUGAAAGUUCUCAAGGUUUACUGUCAAUCUACAGUGUCAUUUUUACGAUAUAGAUGCUCCAGCAGCAGUAAUAUUGUAAUUUGUGUCGGGUGUGUAAAUAACACGCAAAAUCAAAAUGGGACUUCAUACCUUUGUAGUGAAAUAGCGAUCGCGAGAUGAAUCCAAUCUGUCGCACUUGGGUAAAAUGUUCAUGAUAACCGUCCAUUAAAAAACAUCCAACAGCACUUUUUGUUCACAAACGCUUUAAAUCCACAAAAUAUUGAUAUAUUAUCCAUUGUUUGCAUCACAUUUCUUCUGAAUGAUCUGCUCUCCAUCAUCGUUCUUCAAGAAAUUAUGCAGUAUGAGCAGCGUUUGUUGUAAACUGUAUGUGAUCAUAAACAUUAGACUCUCACAAACAAAUGAGCCUGCAUCCAAAGUAUAAUUUUUCAAAAUAGUGCAACAGUUUAGUUAUAAUAUCCAAGCAGUGCUGUCGGAUUUUGUGGUGUCUUGAGAGACAUAUUCUCCAGCCAUUGUCAUUGUAGUAAAUCUGGCGGACAAAACUUUUAGCCAAUGCAAAGACGAUCCAACAAUGUGUGUUCUGUUUAUCUUCUGCAUGCGUGCACAUGUACACAGACGCACAUCUGUCUCAAACAUAUAAGCGCACAGCAAGCCAUAUUAUUUGAUAAUUGCAUGAAAUAAUCCCGAAAAAAGCACAAACACGGCAGAGAUGCCAAAUUCAGCGGCGGAAAUUAGCUGAGGUAACAUGACGGCUCACAGACAACAGCGGCAAUUGACCUGUCACUCAAGUGACCACACCCUUAAUUAUGCAGAACUUUAAGGCUUAAUAUAAUUUAAAUGGAUGAGUUAUAAAAAAAUUCACCCCCCUCACAGUUGUCUUGAAGGGCAAUAUGAGCUAUAUAGACCAAAACCACAAUUUGAUCCAGGUUGUAAACAUGUUUUUUAUGCUGUAAAGUUGGGCAUUUUAAAAUGGGACUCAAUGAGAUUCUGCUCUCUUUUGGAGCCUGUCCCUAGUGGCCAGUCGAUGAAUUGCAGUUUAAGUCACUUCCGUACUGGCUUCAAUAGAAACUGGGGGAGGCUGCCGCUUUGGUGAGGCCGAUCCUAUCAUUAAUCUUUUUUACACACUGGACUCCGUGACUUUUUACACACACACACACAUUACAUUUUUUGCUUGGGAUUUCUUAAUGUUGUUUAUCUGUGUGUACACGGUUUGAGUUGUAAAUACACUUGGGUUUAAUAAUGAA